AGAGGAGGAUCUUGUGUCCGUGUCAACAAUUGGAAAGCCCAGUUUUGAUCACUCCAGUUCCAAGCCCGCUGAGCUAGGCCCCGCUCCUGGGCUUCCCUUCCCAAUGGAGCUCCUUAGGGGCCACAUCACUCCUGCCCUUUCUGCUCCUUAGCCUCUGAGGAGCCCUUUCGGUCAGAAGUGUCUGCAAGACCUCACAGAAGGGACCCCUGGGCUCGCCUUACCUGCCCCCUGCUCCUCCAGGGAUGGAGGCGAUGGCGGCCAGCACUUCCCUGCCUGACCCUGGCGACUUUGAUCGGAAUGUGCCUCGGAUCUGUGGGGUGUGCGGAGACCGAGCCACAGGCUUUCACUUCAACGCUAUGACCUGUGAAGGCUGCAAAGGCUUCUUCAGACGCAGCAUGAAGCGGAAGGCGCUGUUCACCUGUCCCUUCAACGGGGACUGCCGCAUCACCAAGGACAACCGCCGCCACUGCCAGGCCUGCCGGCUCAAGCGCUGCGUGGACAUCGGCAUGAUGAAGGAGUUCAUCCUGACCGAUGAGGAGGUGCAGCGGAAGCGGGAGAUGAUUCUGAAGAGGAAGGAGGAGGAGGCCUUGAAGGACAGUCUGCGGCCCAGGCUGUCGGAGGAGCAGCAGCGCAUCAUCACCAUCCUGCUGGACGCCCACCACAAGACCUACGACCCCACCUAUGCCGACUUCAGCCAGUUCCGGCCUCCGGUUCGAGGGCCUGAGGGUGGAGACAGCCAUCUGUCAAAGUCAUCCUUGAGACACAUGCCCAGCUUCUCUGGGGACUCGUCCUCCUCCUGCUCAGAUCAGUACACCGGCUCCCCAGACUUGAUGGAGCCGACCAACUUCUCCAACCUGGAUCUGAGCGAAGAAAACUCAGAUAGCUCUUCUGUGACCCUAGACCUGUCCCACCUCUCCAUGCUGCCCCACCUGGCUGACCUGGUCAGUUACAGCAUCCAAAAGGUCAUUGGCUUUGCCAAGAUGAUCCCAGGGUUCAGAGAUCUGACCGCUGAGGACCAGAUUGUGCUGCUGAAGUCAAGUGCCAUCGAAGUCAUCAUGUUACGCUCCAAUCAGUCCUUCACCAUGGACGACAUGUCCUGGACCUGUGGGGCCGAGGACUACAAGUACCGCAUCAGUGAUGUGACCAAAGCUGGACACAGCCUGGACCUGAUUGAGCCGCUCAUCAAGUUCCAGGUCGGUUUAAAGAAACUGAACUUGCAUGAGGAAGAGCAUGUCCUGCUCAUGGCCAUCUGCAUUGUCUCUCCAGACCGUCCCGGAGUGCAGGAUGCUGCGCUGAUCGAGGCCAUCCAGGACCGCCUGUCCAACACACUGCAGACCUAUAUCCGCUGCCGCCACCCACCCCCAGGCAGCCACCUGCUCUAUGCCAAGAUGAUUCAGAAGCUGGCUGACCUGCGUAGCCUCAACGAGGAGCACUCCAAGCAGUACCGCUGCCUCUCCUUCCAGCCCGAGUGCAGCAUGAAGCUCACACCUCUCGUGCUGGAGGUGUUUGGCAAUGAGAUCUCCUGACUACAGCACCCUGCGGUGGUGCCUGGGUGGGGCUGCUCCUCUAGGGCUGGGUGACCGGGCCUGGGGAUGGCUGCUGCCCAACAGCCCUUCCCACCCACUCUCCAGUAUAGCCCCUCUUCCCCCACCUUUUCUCCCUGCCCAACCUAACACCAGGUCCCCGAUAGCUACAGGCCACAGGCUGACCCCAGUCCCUGAAGACCUCAGUUAUGAGGAGUUGUUGUUUAUUUGACAGAGAGACUCAAGUCGGGGCAGAGGGCAAAGGCUGAAGGCAGGACCUCACCUGGGAAUGUCCCCACCAUUCCAGAAGUGGCUGCUGGCUGGUGCCCAGGGUUAGGAAAGGAAAAACAGGUGGGCAGGAAAAACACACCCAUUCCUCAGGGACAGAUACCCAUACCUCCCCCCCACCCCCCGAUUCAGGUCCACAUGUCCAGAGCCUAGUGGGGAUCUCCCUCCCCUGCACCACCAUGCUAAGGAACUGGCCACAACCCCCACUUUAUCCCCACCUCAUCCUGCCACCAGUCUGUGCUGCUCUGUCUCAGGGCAGCAUGCCAUGAUGGGGCCUUCUUCCUCUGUCUUCCCACCCCUGGCCUGUCUAGGAUACUCACUGCCAAGAAUGACCAAAAACUGGGUGACUAAGGUCACAACUCCCCCCUCACCCAUCCCUGUUGGCCAAAGUGCACUUGCCUUUCCCUCAGAGCCCACUUUCAUCCCAUCCCCAUGGUAACGUUCUCCUUGGAAGUAGCUAUGGUGAGGGAGCUUUCUCCCUAUGGCUGGGCCACUGGCCCAAAACCCACCUGCUGGGAGAGCGAAGGAGGGAAGAAAGCAGGGCCCAGUGGUGGGACACAGGCAAACCCUGCCUUACAGAAAAGUAGUGGGUGGUGGCCACAACUGUCCCCUGGCUCCUCAGCCUGGAUCUAAGAGGUUAGCUGAGGCAGGAGUUCUCCUUGCAACAAUCCAUGUGGCAGGACUGAUGUGCCCCCAGGUUGCAGGGAAGCUCCAGGCACCGUCCUCACCCUCCCUGCCAGUGCCUUACCUCCCACCCCAGAGAGGGAACCUGCUGCAAGCUCCCGGGCCCUCCCACUGUGGCCACGGGUGCUGGUGGGACCUCACCCUAGGAUGGCCAAGGAUGACCCAAAGAUCCCCCCACUCUCCCACCACCCCAUAGUCUAGAGAAGCAGUGCUCUGCUUACCAGUAGGGGCCACGUCUUUUCCACCUGGUGGGUGGGAUGGAGGUGAGGGCCCUCCAGACCCCAACAGCCUAAGUCACACUCUCCCUGCCCACCUAGCUGUAGUUCUAAGGUGGCCAUUCCUUCAGGAGACCCAGGAGCUGUGCUCUGAGACCUCAGGAUGUGGGUGCAGAAAGAAUGGGCUGGCCUCUGUGCCUAGUCGGAGAGCAUUUAGGGGUGGAGUUGUGUGGGGCUGGUUCCCCUCUUAUUCUCGCUCCACCACCCCAAAGUCAUAAGGAGCCUGGCGGGCAGGGUGGGGGUGGGGUACAUAACUUCAAACUUUGUGCUCCUCGUAGCCAGACCAGCCCAGGAGAUGGCAACUCGAGGUCCGUUUACUCUGGGCGGAGGGGGGGGGU